AAAUGGUAAAGGAGAAUUAUUCUAAAAGUUCGGAUGAGGAGAUCUAGUCCAAAGAACCGUCCAGUUGCCUUUCAAAACGUACCACUUUUAUCAGCACAAGGAAUAUUUGUUGCUGCCUCACGUCUUGCUAUAUGUCAAUCUUGUCCAGGAUGGAAAGGACAUCGUAGGUAUACAUUUCAAUGGGUAACAACAAGUCCAUUCUUAUCGAGCAAUUGUUAUGUAAGAAGAACGAGGGUGGAAAGAUAUGGCAAGUUCGAAACUUUAGCGUCUUUGGAAGAGGAAAGAAAGACAGAAGAAGGGGUCAGUAACCUGGAACAGUCCCACGCGAUUGAGAAUACGGCAGAAACCCCACUGCAACCCAUUUCUGUCACAGAAGAAGCAGCAGAAACUGAAGAAUCUUCUCCAAAGAAAUCCCAAGUCAACAAAGGUCGUAAAAGUGAAACAGGAUCUAGGUUUCGAGUGUUGUUUGAUGAGAUUGAAGUGGGUCAAGAAUAUGUGGGCAAAGUGAGGAAAGUAACGAAUUAUGGAGCUUUUGUCGAUAUUGGUUGUUUUACAGACGGACUUUUGCACGUUUCUCAAAUGAGUGAUACGUUUGUGAACGAUCCCACGGAUAUCGUCAAAGUAGGAGAUGAAGUUAAAGUUCGGGUAGUUAAUAAAAAACCGGAGAGAAAGGAAUUCUCUCUUUCCAUUCGACCUCCAAGAGUUGUAAAGAAAAGAGAAGAACAACAAGUGGCUACGCCAAUGAAGGAAAUGGAUAGUAAGAACAACACGGAUGAUAAUGAAUAUGCCAAAGUUCGUGGGCGUUCUUCAGUUUCCAGACUACAGAGGAUGGGAAUUUCAAUGGACGUCGAAAGUGCCGAUGACUCUUCCAAUCCAACGGCAAGAGUUGCUUCAAAUGUACGAAAAUCUCGUAUGUCUUCAACAAAGGGUUCCUCUUCCAUGAAAGCGUCUUUUAGGAAGUUGGCAAGAGAAACAGAUGAGCAAAAAUUUAUCAAGGGAACGGUAGUUUCAGUAACAGAAUUUGGUGCAUUUGUCGAUUUCGGAGGACCUUCAGAUGGUCUUAUUCAUAUAUCAGAAGUGACAGAGGAUUGGUUAGAAAAGGAUGAUUCGGGAAGCAGAAAAAUCAAAGUGUCGGUCGGAGAUGAAGUUCAAGUUCGUGUUAUCAAUGUUGAUGUCAAUCGUAGUAGAGUUUCUUUGUCCAUGAAACCUUUUGCAAUGUCUGCCAAGAAGCAGUUACAGGAAGAUUUGGCUGCUGCCAAUGAGAAUCAACCAGAAUUUGAAAGUAUGUUGGCUUUGGCUUUGCGAAAAGCUUUACAAGAGAAGGAAGCGGAAUUGGCAACGCAAUCUCGCCAUUGAGAUGCGCUUUGUGGUUUUAAAUAAACCAUCAAUUCUUGAUCUUUUUAUUUUGUAUCGU